AUGCCUGCUGAAGAACUCCCUCGAAGACACUUCCCUGCUGAAGAGCCACCGGCCGAGGAAUCUCGCCAGGAACUAGCCAGUGACGAACUUCCUGCCCAAGAGCCGGCUGCUGAAGCUAUUGAGCUAGUUGCUGAUGCUGAAGAGCCAGCCAUCGAUACUGAGGAACCAACUGCUUUUUCAGAGGAAGUUGCUCCUGAUCCUAAGGAACUUGUCAUCGAUGCCGAGGAGCACUCUGCUGGUACGGAGGAACCUGUUACGCAUAUUGUGACUGAGGCGCAAACAUUAUCAGUCACUGACAGACCUGAUGAGGCAGCAUUGGAGGAACCAGCGGCUGCCGUGGAACAGGACUCCAUUCUUGUUCAUGGCUCCGAAGAGACAAAAUUGCCAUUGGCAGACCUUCCUCUAGAAGUUCCGAGCGAUGAACCACAAUUGUCCAGCAGCGAGAUACCCGUUGUUGUUGCUAGCGAGUUGGAACAGCCACAUCCGCUGGAGGAUGAGAAUCUCAAGCCCGUCACAAACCAUGAAGAGCCAUCUGGAGUUGUGGAAGAGGCUGCAACUGCUAAUGACGCAAAGGAAGAAGCAGUUCCCGAGAAUGCUGUCACUGACAUCACAAAUGAAGCUGGGUCAACCGAACCUGCACAGGUAGACCCUGCUGUGGCAAGGGAGCCUGGAUCAUCAGAGGCUCCAGACAAUGAAUCUAUGCUAGAGCCUGCCGAUAGUUUGGUCCCAGGUGCCCCCGAGUUUACGGACACUGCUGUCGCGUCUGCAUCUGUUGAAGAUACCGGCGAGCAAUUCAUUAUGGAUGAAGCUCCAAACGAGGCAGCUCCUACAGUCAGUGGAGAGCCUGUUGCAUCAGCCAAUUCUGCAGAAGAAGAACUUCAAGCUGUGGAGCAACCUGCUUUGCAGUCAGAAGAGAAGCCAGAUAUUGUGACAGUAGUCGCUCCGGCUAGUGCGACAGCCGAUGUCAAAGAACUCGUACCAGCCACGGAGGCACUUGAGACGGUUCCAGCAAAGGAGCCCAUACCCGACGUCACCGAAACUGUCGGUAUGGUCACCCCAGCAGAAGAGGAGAGCCAACCAGCCGUUGAGGAGAAUGUCUCCACCACGGUCAUGCAGGAAACUUGUCCAGUUGUGGAAGAAUCUGUCCUUGCUUCUGAGUCCAACAAAGAACAAUCUCUAGCAGACAGCACCGAGCCUGCAUUGGCGUCAGAUGAGAACCAAGAAACUGUUCCAGCAGAUGAGUCUGUGGUUGCCGCUAAUGAGUCAACUGCGCCAGAGGUCGAUGUAGCUAUUUUGGUCAACGACUCUGAAGAUCCAACUCCUGCCGCCAUUGACCAAUCAGUUGAUUUAGACGAGCAGAAUCAAGAGCCUGCCUCUCAACCUGUGGAUGAAAUCAUUGUGCCCUCAGUUCAAGACUCAGAGGUUGUAUCGAAGGAGACUGUUAUUUUGGCUGAAACCGUUGAGAACGCAUCCUCCCAGCUUGAGGAAGAGUCUGCUUUACAAGCAAAAGCUGAAGAUGCCACUGUUCCUGAUAUCACAGAAGAAUAUGUCCAGUUGGAGGCUCCAAGCGAGGACACUGCCGUCGAAGAUGGCACAGUUGCGGCGAAGACAUUGGAUAAGGAGUCAGCUGAUGAGCCAUCUGAACCUGUCACUGAAGAUCUCGUUACGUCAGUAACGGAAUUGGAACCUCCCGCGCCCUCAGCGGAUGCAGCUCUACCGGAAGAUGCCAACCAAGAGCCAGAAGAUGAAUCCUCUCCGCCAGCCAUUGAAGAGGCUGUGUUGUCGACAACAGUGGAAGAAGCUCUGCCUGCCUUGGAAGAACCCAUCGCAUUUAUAGACUCUGCAACCGUCCCUGAUGUGGAGUCUAGCGCUGUGGCCGAGGUUACCCAGAUUCACGGCGACGAACAGCCUCAGGAGCCCCCGACCGAAGCAGACGUCAAGGCGGACUCCGAGCAUGACAGUCCCAUUGUAAUUGACAACAGUGGCGAAGCGCUAGAUGACACAGCCGCAGGAUCCAAGCCAACUGGUAACGAGAAGCUCUCUGAUGAUGAAGCUGUUCCAGUGAGCCAAGAGCAAUCUCUGUCAGACUCUUGGGCACUCGUCGACGAUGCUGAGGCUUCUGUGGCAAAGACUGUACAAGAACCCUCUGCAACACGGGAGAUGGAAGAUCAUGCUGUUCCAUCCACUGAAAUCACUGAGACGGUUACCGAGCCUGAAGGCGACAUGGUAAAGGUUGAUGCUCAAAUUGGGGAAACAGAUGCCCUAGGGUUCGCUGAGGUUGCUCAAGAGGACUCGUCUGAGUCAGACCUGGUCGCUGAAACCUCUCUUGUGAAUGAUGCACCCGUGCCUGACAUGAGUGCCGAAGAGGUCCAGGUAAUAGCAGAAAUUGCCGAAUCUGAGGCAAAGGGCGAGGUCUUCGAGAGCUCUGUGGACCUAUCUGUUGCUGAACCUGCGGCAAAGACGGUUCAGGCUGAAGCAGAAGUCCCUCCUGUUGCUUCAGCCGAGCUACAGAGCGAGACAGACGUGCCGGUUACGGAGACCAAGGAACUCGACAACACUGUUGAGACUCCAAUGCAGCAUCCAAUCACUGAGAUUGCCGGCGAACCAGACAUUUCGCAACAAGUUGUUCCAGAUACUUCCAGCCUUCCACAAGCUGAGACAGAGACUCCCACUGCGCCAAACGGGAACAAGGAACAGGAAGUCGCAGCUGACAUGACCUCAGAGCCAGAACAAGGUGUUGCAACGCCUGUGGAUGCUCCUGCUGUGGCAGAGCAAGGCCGUGGCAUAGUAGAUGCUGAUUGUCAGGAACAGCUUGUUGCAGACGAGGAGCUCCAGCCGGAGGCGCUCACAAAGCCAAACGAGGAUCCCGAGCCACAGGAACCUCCGACGUUGACGUUGGAGGCCAAACCAUUGGUAGUGGAACCCGCGUCUGACCUUGCAACUGUAGAGGAACCUAUUGCCACUGAUACUGCUCCUGUUGAUUCUCAAGACGAAGCCACUCCUGUUUCUGACGGGACGUUAGUGUCGGCUGUCGGAUGCGACACAGUGGAAACUAAGCCAACAGUCGAAGCGGUAGAAAUUGCAGCACAGGAACCGGUCACUUUGGCAUCACCAGAAGCAACAGCUGAGGACAAGCAAGCCGCCCCAGGUGAUCAUGACGACGAUGACGACCAAGAUUUUCUUGAUGCCUCGGAGGAGUUUGACUUGGAACCGAAAGCUGUGGAACGUGAAGCCCCAGUUACUGAGCGCCAGUACGAAUCUCAGAGCGAAGGUCGUCCAGUUGAUGGGCCGACUGACGGAUCUAAAUCUACGAUGGGUCGGAUCGCUGGUAUUGCUCUUGGUUCUGCUGGCGUGGCGGCCCUUGCAGGUGUGGCAGCAGCAGCAGCAGUGACGGGGAAUUCCAAGCCAGUCGAAGUGGCAGAAACAACUUCCCAACAAGAACAUGUCACUGAACCAGUGAGAGCUUCUGAGUCGGAGGCUACUGGAUGUGCGUUGGAAGAGCGGAAUGUCAUCGAUGAACAAAAAGCUCUUCACGUUGAACCUCCAGCCUCCGUUAUGGAUUCACAACCUCAAUCGGCUUCAAGUCUCACCCUGCCAAUAACUAAGAGUCAGAUGGACUUAAGAUCUCCCACGCCUGCUGUCAUUGUCCCUGACGCGGAAAUGGUAGAUCAGCAUCGCGACAAGACUUUGAAGCGCAAGCAGAAGCUGGCUGUCCGAAAUGCCGAGGACACAGUUGCGGCUGCGGUCGUCAUCUACGCAACUGCAGAAGCUUUGAGCCCUCCCUCCAGCCCCAAGGCCGGGCCCUUCCAAGACCAUGAAAAGGAAUUUCCCUCGGUUGCUUCACGGGAGAUUGUUGAGGAAGACUCACACCAGCUUGAUACUGACUUAUCUGCAGACGAAAAUUUAAGAGAUCCUCGCGCGUCAAGUGGCGACAGAGAGAGAGAAAGGCAUCGGCGCCACAGGCAUUCUUCUCACCGAUCUAGCCGUAGCCGUGGUGAAGAAGAGCCACGCGAGAGCAGACGCCAGUCGUCACACGGCUCACACGCCUCUCAAAGCCGCCGUCACAGUUCUGACCGCACCGCAGAGGAUGCCUCAAAGACACCACCUAGGACUCCUCGACGACGUGACAGUGGCUUUUCUGGCGAAAGCUCCGGAAGUUCUGGCAAGAGAAGACGAACGCCCGAAGAACAGGCCGAGCAUGAACGACGGAAGGCGGAGCGCCAAGUUACUGAACCAGAUUCUGAGCGCCCAGAACGAUCGGAACGAUCAGAGCGUUCCGAGCGAUCUGAAAGGUCUGCCCACAGGGACCGCAGGAGCAGCAGAGAUGUGGAUCACCCAGCUGAGAGAAGCCAUCGCUCCUCUCGCCGGCAGAGCCACUCAAGCCAAUACAAGUCUGAACGUGUUGCCUCAACUUCCGCGCCUGUCGAACGGGAGCCGACUACACCACUGACAGCUGACAAGAAAUUUUUCGAACUCAAGAAUAGCGAAGGAAUUGUAGGUUCUGGUGUCCACCCCGUAAUCGCCGGCGAGACAGUGGUCGAAGUCCCCAUUGAAUCCUCCAAGUCCCAUGAGUCUCCUAAGCGGGCCAGCACCACACGAUCUAAAAACGGCGGCAUCGGACGCCUUUCAACUGAUCAAUCUCGUUCUAAGACGACCAAGACCCGAGAGUCAGUUGAUGCCACCCGAGGUUCCUCCUCGAAGGGUAGCAGCAGUAGCACUCCUCCUGCUGAAGAUGGCGCUCGGCGGGCUCGAAAGAGCGAGCGCAGCAAGAAGGAAGAGGAAAAGAAGUCCUCUGGAAUCAAGGGGGUUUUCAGGAGGAUAUUUGGAUAA